GGGGCCCAGGUUCCCGACACAGACUACACCCGGGAAACGAAGAGCAAGCACCAUGUUGAAGCCAUCAUUGCCACUCAGAUCCCUCUUAUUCCUGCAGCUGCUUCUGCUGGGGGUGGGGCUGAACUCCUCGGUUCUCACACCCAGUGGGAAUGAAGACACCACAGCUGGUGGGAAAUCUGGGACUGGAGGAGAUCUCUUCCUGACCUCUAUGAACCCUGGGUGCCUUAAUGUUACUACUCUGCCCCUACCAGAGGUUCAGUGCUUUGUGUUUAAUGUCGAGUACAUGAAUUGCAUUUGGAACAGCAGCUCUGAGCCCCGGCCUACUAACCUGACUCUGCACUAUUGGUACAAGAAGUCUGAUAAUAAAGUCCGGGAGUGUGGUCACUAUCUGUUCUCAGAAGCGAUCACUUCUGGCUGUUGGUUUCAAAAAGAGGAGAUCUAUCUCUAUCAAACAUUUGUGGUCCAGCUCCGGGACCCCCAGGAACCCAAGAGGCAGACUGAAUGGGAGCUAAAACUGCAGAAUCUGGUGAUCCCCUGGGCUCCGGAGAAUCUAACACUUCAGAACCUGAGUGAAUCCCAGCUAGAACUGAAAUGGAACAGCAGAUACUUGGACCACUGUUUGGAGCACUUGGUGCAGUACCGGAGUGACCGGGAUCGCAGCUGGACUGAACAACCAGUGUAUCACAGACACAGGUUCUCCCUGCCUAGUGUGGAUGGGCAGAAACUGUACACAUUCCGGGUUCGGAGUCGCUUUAACCCACUCUGUGGAAGUGCUCAGCAUUGGAGUGAAUGGAGCCACCCAAUCCACUGGGGGAGCAAUACUUCAAAUGAGAAUCCUUCAUCAUUUGCAUUGGAGGCUGUGCUUAUCCCCAUUGGCUCCAUGGGAUUGGUUUUUAGUCUCAUCUGUGUGUAUUGCUGGCUGGAACGGACAAUGCCUCGAAUUCCCACCCUCAAGAACCUAGAGGAUCUGGUCACCGAAUACCACGGGAACUUUUCGGCCUGGAGUGGUGUGUCUAAGGGACUGGCUGAGAGUCUGCAGCCAGAUUACAGUGAACGACUCUGCCUCGUCAGUGAGAUUCCCCCAAAAGGAGGGGCCUUAGGAGAGGGACCUGGGGGCUCCCCAUCCAGCCAGCAUAGCCCUUAUUGGGCACCCCCAUGUUAUACCCUGAAGUCUGAAACCCCAAUACCCUGACAGAACUCCAAGGUCCUACAGCCUCAAGUGGUACUAACAAUGCUCACUGCCACUUCCUGUGGCUAAUUUUGAAUUCUGUUUCCCAUGUAACUUAACUGCCCCUUCAUUCAGUAUCCCCUACUUUUGAAUUGCCCCUUUAUCCUGUACAUGUUUCUUAUCUCCCCCAAUCUGGCCCUUCCUUUUUACAGGACACUAUCUCCCUCUCUCUAUCCCUUGGUCCCUUCCCUCCCCUUUUCCACCUACCCUUUGAUUGUUUCUGAAUCAAGAAAUAAAGUUUCUGUUGACAUUCA